CUCCUUCAGAGAAAUUGUAGACAUUGCAGCACUCCUUUAAAUAGACUGGAGGGGAAACUAAUUUGCUAGAUGCAACCAAAGAGUUCUAAAACCAGGUUCCCUUGUGUACAGGGAACACCACACAGAGUAAGAGCGUCUCUUCUACCAGAUGGCUGCACCAAAGCUCCUUGAUGUUGCUUUUGGUCUACUACCCACUUGCUCACAUCCACAGUUCCCAGAUUGGUGUUUGAAGUUGUUCCCAGGAAGCAAGGAGCUGUGUGAAGAAUAUUGGAUCCCCAACUAUUACCCUGGCUCAGUGAAAGAGAAUAAUGAAACUUAUGAACUAGCCUUACCUUUGGAUGAGCCAUGCCAAACAGAGUCCCAGACGCAAACUCGGCAACGGUUAUACUAUGGUCUGAGCAUCCCAGAAAAUUUUGAUGAGGUCCCAGAGAUACCAGCUCCAUCAUUGACCCUGGUGACCAAUAUGAAGACCCAGUUACAUAUGGCAUUGGAAAGGAACUCUUGGCUGCAGAAGCGAAUCGAGGACCUGGAAGAAGAACGAGAUUUCUUGCGCUGCCAGCUAGACAAAUUCAUCUCUUCAGCCCACUUGGAUGCUGAUGAUCACUGUUGUAACAAACAACUGCCCCGGAGAUUUGAAGUAUUGGAGACCCGAAAUAGGGAGAUGACAGAUGAUGACAAUAUGGGCUCCUGCAUGACCACCAGCCCUGAAGAAGGAGGUUCUGUGGAACACAAGAAACCUAAAGCAGGGUUGAACCGACGAUGCUUUGCCAACCCUAAAGUCCGGGAGAGGCAGAGAGUAAAGGAUGUGGAUGGAGUUCUCUGCCGGUAUAAGAAGAUCCUGUACACUUUUCAGAAGCUGCAAAGCAUGAGUCGGGCCUUUGAACAUCAUCGGGUAGACCGUAACACUGUGGCCUUGACCACCCCUAUAGCAGAGCUCCUUAUUGUUGCUCCCGAAAAAUUGGCUGAAGUGGGUGAGUUUGACCCAUCUAAGGAGCGUCUGCUUGAAUAUUCCCGGCGAUGUUUCAUGGCGCUAGAUGAUGAGACGCUCAAGAAAGUGCAGGCCCUCAAGAAAAGCAAGCUUCUACUGCCCAUCACUUACCGCUUUAAGAGGAAAAUGGACUCUCCUGGCUCAGCUGCUGGCAAUUCUGUCCCUUCUCCUGUCGCGCCACCCAAGCAACUUCUGCCGAUCGCUGAAUGUUACACACGAUGAAUUCUCUCCUGGAGCUACUGCCAGAACCUACUUUGCCAGCCCUUUGACCUUUUUCUUUGUACUUCCUGCACCCCCCAACCCCCAUCCAUUAUUCAGCAAACUCUCAAGAGUGUUGAGUUUUCUACCUUAUUGCACAAUAACCUCCCACCUUUUCCUAGGUUUACUGAAUAAAGCUGCUGUUUCACAAGAAGCACCAGCUUAUCAUUACACAAAAGGCCUAGGAGUGGUUUCCUAGGAUUAUUAUUUGACUAUAGAUCUGUUUAUCAUGCUUCCCUCUUUAAAGCUUUCCCCACAGCUACCAGAUUGCUUUCAUUUUCCCUCCUUCCAUUUGAGAGUUUGGCCAGAGGAGAAACAAUGGCGAAGGAGCAGUUGGCAGACAUAAUAUUGUGUCCCACCCCACAAUAAAUAACAUCAUGGAUAGAUUGAUUGUAAUUGUUGCACAGGUAACUUGAAACAGCUAACAAUGUUAGUUUAUUGAUUGAUGGUAAUUAUAGCCUUGCACAUAAGAUAUAAAUCCACACAUUUUAUAAAAUAAACUCCUGUCAUUUGGGGUAUGUCAAAACAAAUGAUAUAAUAAAAAGAUGGUAAAAGUUUGCAAAAAUGUCCCUGUCAGCAGCAGUUAUAUUCCCAAUUUUUGUUGGUUAGGGUGAUUUGGUCUUUCCUUAAGGGCCACCAUCUAACAGUAGGUUAAAUAACAGUAGACUGAGGGAGAGAAGUUGCCUCAGUGAGAGCCAAAUCACUCUAACCAACAGAACUUAUUCUUUUCUAAACUGGAAGAGGGAAAAUAAAAAUUGCAUGAUGCACUUCUGUAGUUUUACCUCUCUUUGCUUGAAAACCUUUUCCGUGUUUUCUGAGCUGUUAGCAGACGCUACUGGUACUGUAUCAAUUCUUUUGCUGAUGUUGUGGUUACCAUUCCAUUUUCACUACAAUCUUGCUAUGAUUGGAAGAAUUGCAGAAUUGAGCUGCCUCUGCUUUCCUAUUGUCUCCCAAAGAUGGUCUCACAUCCUGAGCCCCUACUGCAUCUUUCACCUCAUAGUUUUGGAAGGUAUUGCCUAAAACUUUUCCCUAGCUAUUGUCCCACUCCAAGCCCUCAACUGGAUUUUUCUGCUGGCAAUUUUACUUUUUCCCCCUCUCUCAGUAUGUUUGUGAGGAAGUGUGUUUGAAUGCAAGGACUUGAAUUAUAUAUUGCAUUCCUUGAGGAUGCUUCCUUUUUAUUCAGUGUAAUUAGCAAACUCUUCCCACUGUGCCUGUAAUUUCUUUCUCUCCAAUCGGUUUUCUGUGUUAAAAAAGAAAUUAAAAAGAAAAUAUUAAACAUUUUAUUAAAACAGAAUUUAAAUUAAAGAGAACAUUUUGGUAUAA